AUGGGUGCAGAAAUGCGAGCCGCGUUGUACGAAAAACGGGUGCCCGCGCAAACCAUCACGGAGUGGUACCCAUACCUCACCGCCCACACGCGGUUCUUCUUCCGCAGGCAACUCAAGUGGAUGAACGAUACCGGGCAGUUCAACUAUUACAAGCACCGCAGGUACGAUGCACAUGGACUGGAUAGAUCAGUACAACAGCAACUUGCGAAGGUAAACUCGAAAUCCAAAUUAUAA